AUGCAGAUGUAUCUCCCAUUCUGUGGGAUUGCCAUAUCCAAUGCUCAGCUAUUUGCAGCUUCACGGAAGGAGUACGACAGAAGCAGGGCUUUACUGGAAGUAGUGAAUGACCUCUUUGAGGAACAGACUGAUUUAGAGAAAAUUGUCAAGAAAAUUAUGCAUCGAGCUCAAACUCUGCUGAAGUGUGAGCGGUGCUCAGUGUUACUUCUGGAAGAUAUUGAAUCACCAGUGGUGAAAUUUACAAAAUCCUUUGAGUUGUUAUCUCCAAAAUGCAGUGCUGAUACUGAUAACAGUUUCAAAGACAGCAUGGAGAAAUCAUCAUCAUAUUCUGACUGGCUAAUAAAUAAUAGCAUUGCUGAACUUGUAGCUUCCACGGGUCUCCCGGUGAACAUCAGUGAUGCCUAUCAGGAUCCUCGCUUUGAUGCUGAAGCUGACCAGAUUUCUGGCUUUCACAUAAGGUCUGUUCUGUGUGUUCCUAUAUGGAACAGCAACCACCAAAUAAUUGGUGUAGCUCAAGUGUUGAAUAGACUUGAUGGGAAACCCUUUGAUGAUGCUGACCAGCGACUGUUUGAAGCUUUUGUUAUCUUCUGUGGCCUGGGAAUCAACAACACAAUUAUGUAUGACCAAGUGAAGAAAUCCUGGGCAAAACAGUCUGUGGCUCUUGAUGUGUUAUCUUAUCAUGCAACAUGUUCGAAGGCAGAAGUUGAUAAAUUUAAGGCAGCAAACAUCCCUCUGGUGUCAGAGCUUGGCAUUGAUGAUAUCCAUUUUGAUGACUUCUCGCUUGAUGUGGAUGCCAUGAUUACUGCAGCCCUGCGGAUGUUCAUGGAACUUGGAAUGGUUCAGAAAUUUAAAAUUGACUACGAGACGCUGUGUAGGUGGCUUUUGACUGUUAGAAAAAAUUAUCGGAUGGUUUUGUAUCACAACUGGAGGCAUGCUUUCAACGUCUGCCAGCUAAUGUUUGCCAUGUUAACU